AUGGGUGAUUCGGUGCACGACCUCCCGAUUGUUGACCUCGGGGCUUCGAGCCUAGAGGAGCAGGGCGCCCAGCUCUGCAAGGCGUUCCGCCAGGUAGGCUUGGCAUAUGUCAAAAACCACGGCAUCCCGGAAGAGGAGAUUGAAGAAGCAUUCUCUUGGAGCCGCAAAUUCUUCGACCUGCCGCAGAGCGAAAAGGACAAGGCGCCGCACCCGCCCGAGGGCUGGUACCACCGAGGCUACUCGCGCGUGGGCCUGGAGAAGGUCUCCCAGAACGUCUUCGACGCGGACUCGCUCGCGCAGCACCGCAAGGUGCCCGACCAGAAGGAGUCGUUCGACCUGGGCUCUGACGGCCCCGCCGCCGCGAUGCGCAACAUCUGGCCGCCCGCCGCGACGCUUCCGGGCUUCCGCGACGCGUGCAUGCGCUUCUUCGACGCGUGCGGCGCGCUCGGCGAGCGGCUGCUGGCCGCCGUGGCCGUCGGCCUCGGUCUGCCACCGGAGUUCUUCGCGGAGCGCCACGCGCGCCGCGACCACCAGCUACGGCUGCUGCACUACCCGCCGUUCGCGGCGUCGCUGCAGGCGCGCGGGCUGGCCGAGGGCGUGGGCGCGCACAGCGACUUUGGCACGGUGACGCUGCUCUUCCAGGACGACGUCGGCGGACUGGAGGUGGAGGACAGGAGCGGCGGCGGCGGCGGUUUCAAGGCGGUCCCGCGCGUGGAGGGCGCGGUGGUGGUGAAUGUCGGGGACAUGCUGAUGCGGUGGACGAACGACGAGCUGCGGUCGCCGAUCCACAGGGUGAGGACGCCGGCGGAGGAGGCGGGGGAGGAGGGGACGGGGGUGCGGAUGACGAGGAGACGCUACUCGAUGCCGUUCUUCGUGGGCGCGGACCCGGGCACGGUGGUGGACUGCGCGCCGACGUGUCACGGACCCGAGCGGCCGAAGCGGUACGACCCGGUGACGGUGGAGGAGUACUGCGCGAUGAGGAUGAAUGCGUUGUAUUAG